AUGGAACGCCAAACGGGACGCAUUUGGCUGGACAACGUCCAUUGCACAGGAGGAGAGAAAUCUUUAGCCGAAUGCCCCUCAAAUGGCUUUGGGGUGUCAGACUGCCGACACAGCGAGGAUGUUGGGGUGAUUUGCAAUCAGAAGCGCAUCCCUGGCCACAGGUUCAUCAAUACCAUGAACAACAAUGUUGAGACUCUUGAAGAACGGGUGGAAGAAAUCCGUAUAAGACCCAUUUCAUCCCAUCUCAAGCACAUACCCGUCAUGGAAGGCUAUGUGGAGAUUAAGGACCGGGGCAAAUGGAGGCAGAUCUGCGAUGAGCAGUGGACCCCUUUGAACAGCCGAGUCACCUGUGGAAUGUACGGAUUCCCCGGAGAGAAGAAGUACAACAACAAAGUCUACAAAUCACUGUCCAUGCGUAAGAAAAAGAACUACUGGGGGUUCUCAGUGAACUGCACAGGAAAUGAAGCCCACCUGUCCAGCUGUAGGCUGGGCAAAGCCCUGGAGCCCAAGCGGAACGGCACAUGUGGACGUGGCCUGCCUGUGGUGGUCAGCUGUGUGCCUGGAAGAGCUUUUGCCUCCUCAUCUUCCACUGGCUUCCGCAAGGCUUACAGACCAGAGCAACCCUUGGUUCGUCUGCGGGGAGGUGCGAAUAUCGGUGAAGGGAGAGUGGAAGUGCUGAAGAAUGGAGUUUGGGGAACGGUCUGCGAUGAUAACUGGAACAUGAGGGCUGCCACCGUUGUGUGUCGAGAGUUGGGCUUUGGGAGCGCCAAAGAGGCUCUCAGUGGAGCGAAGUUAGGACAAGGAAUGGGUCCGGUCCACAUGAAUGAGGUGGAGUGCUCUGGAUUUGAGAAAUCUCUCACUGACUGUUACUUCAAUAAUGAUGCUCUGGGCUGCAGUCAUGAGGAGGACGCUGCCGUACGCUGUAAUAUACCUGCCAUGGGUUUCCAGAAGAGGAUACGUCUAAGCGGAGGAAGGAACCCAUAUGAGGGACGUGUGGAGGUUCUGACUGAGAAGAACGGUUCUCUGGUUUGGGGAACCGUUUGUAGUGAAAACUGGGGGAUGAUCGAGGCCAUGGUGGUCUGCAGACAGCUGGGAUUAGGCUUCGCCAGCAAUGCGUUUCAGGAGACGUGGUACUGGGCUGGAGAUGCAAGUGCAGACAAUGUUGUGAUGAGCGGAGUCAGAUGCUCAGGAACUGAGAUGAGUCUUCCUCAGUGUCUUCAUCACGGCAAACACAUCAACUGCCCCAGAGGAGGAGGACGCUUCGCUGCUGGGGUCACCUGCUCUGAUACGGCUCCUGACCUGGUGCUGAACGCUCAGCUGGUGGAGCAGACAACCUAUCUGGAGGACCGGCCCAUGUACGCUCUACAGUGUGCCCUCGAGGAGAACUGCCUGUCCAGCACUGCCAAAAAGAACGACCAUAGCUCCUACCGCCGCCUGCUCCGCUUCUCCUCCCAGAUCCACAAUGUUGGCCAAUCUGAUUUCAGACCCAAAAUGGGUCACCACGCCUGGACCUGGCACGAGUGUCACAGGCAAGACCUUAGACCCUGCAAGAAAUAUAUUUUUGCCAUAUCCGCCUUAUUUUUCCAGUAA